AUUAUAAAGAACAACAAGGCUACCGGAGCAGAGAAGGAGACCAAUGGGAAAGAGCAGAGAGGCAGAUCCUCAAAGCCUGCAAAAAUACGGCAUUCCUUUAUACUCUGCUGCUUGGCUUCCAUACAAAGAGCUCAGAUCCAACCUAAAAUCCCAUGACGAUCACGUUGAUUCCUCUGAACAACAGGAAAAGCAGCAUGAGGAGGAGGAGACCCCCAAGCCCUCUGCUUCUUCUCAUGAACACUACGUCGUUUUGGCCGGCGGUGGCGGUGAAGGCAGCAGCGGCAUUCCCAACGCCGUCCUUCUCUCCUGUUUUGAUUUCUCCUCCAAUUCCCUCUCUUCUCAGCCCGUAGCUAAGCUUGGCCUUGGUUCUCAAUUACCCUAUAUAAUGGUGGUUCUCCCCGGUGGAGAUGGAGUCAUUUGUGCAUUCCCCAGUAGUUGCUGAUUUUUUGACUGGGAUGAAGUCAAGGACAAUGAAGACCAUAAAUUGGGCCUUAAACCAUCCAAAAAAUUACUGACACAAUUAGAAGAUGUUGGACAGCAAUUAGCAUUGGCCUUUAACAGUGACGGCUCUGUACUUGCUGUAGGGGGCGAGGAUGGCAAUUUAAGGGUUUUCAAGUGGCCUGGCAUGGAAAUUAUUCUUAAUGAGACUCAAGCCCAUGCAUCUUUAAAGGACUUGUGUUUCAGCCCUGAUGGAAAAUUUCUUGUUUCAAUGGGACAGCGUGACCUUGGUAGAGUCUGGGAUGUAACUUCAUCAACAGCUGUAGCCUCUCUACCAAAGGAAAACGAUGAGAUUUUUGCAUCAUGCAGAUUUUCUCAAAGGACUGAUCAGGCUCAGGUUCUCUAUAUUCAUACAGGAAUAGACAAAGGUGCAAGUAUUGUGACUUGGAACACAAGCUCAUGGAAGAGAGUGAGCUCAAAGCAUGUAGCCCGUGAACCAGUUUCGUCCUUCAAUGUCUCACCUAAUGGAAAGCUCCUUGCAAUGGGUAUGACUCAAGGAGAUGUGCUGCUUGUAAAUUCAACCAACUUGCAUGUUCAAACAAUAAUUAGGAAAGCACAUCUUGGCAUAGUAACUGCUUUGGCGUUCUCUCAUGAUUCAAGGGCUUUGGUCUCUGCAUCUAUGGACUCAAGUGCAAGGGUGACACUAAUUGAGGACAGCAAAAGUGCUGCAGGGGGAUCAAGCAUGCAGAUCAUUAUAUUCAUCAUUAUACUUGCAAUUGCUGCAUAUUUCUUGAAGAAUGAAGCUCUUCCUUUUCUUGUCUAGAUAUUGGCUAUACCAAAUUAUUGUGAAUUUUGCUAUGAUUUAUGGAAUAGAGGCUGCCACAUUGUAAACGAUAGGUCGGAGCCUAUCAGCAUCCCAGUCCAAUAAUGGCGAUGUGGUUUUGGGAAUGUAGUUUUACCUGUUAUGUAGGACGGAGGGCCUGUACUUGAACUGUGCCAGUAAAUUUUGGCUGGUUUACUUGUUGGGAUGUGGAUUGAUACUGACUUGUAUGGACUCCGACCCUGGUAUCAGUUCCCUUGUCAGCAUAGGAUCAUUGAUACCCUGCUUGGCUUUCAUCAUGUGGAAUAUCCCCAAAUCUUGCUAUUUUUUUCGCUAACCAAAUUAUCAUGUCGCUGUUAUUUUUCUUUUUAUCAUCUCAUGCUAAUGAUUUGUUAC